AAUUAUCUGUCACAUCAUGGUUUAUCAAACCUACAACACUAUUCGGACUUCGAGCAUUAUUUACAAUUUAUAGUGUUGUCGUGUUAUGUUUGUUGUUUAGAGACGAACCUAACGUAUAUUUCUUUCAUUACUUCUCGAAUUGGUGUUAUAUAGGAUUAGUAGCUUAUUUCAUAUUAGCUGCUUUCUACUCGAAAAGAUAUUUGGAUAAUGGUGAAGUAAGAUUACCGACAUACUUGAAUAAUUUGUUUUGGAUAUUAUAUCAUACAAUAUGUCAUUACCAAAAUAUCAGAGCACGGUAUAAGCGUGAUAAUGAUGUUCAUAGAAAUGAGUAUGAAUCGUCAAAUAUUUGUAUGGCCGAUUUUAUUGAUCACGAUUGGAUUACAGUAUAUCAUUACUGGGUAUACCCGUUUUUAUCUUGGGAUAACGGACCAAUUGCGGCAGUUUGGUAUGUCGGUCUAUUUAUAUUUUUCAUUCUUGCCUAUGUGGUUCAGUUUGGAUUACAUAAAUUGAGAGAUACGAUUGGAAGCCGACUAAACAAGAAAACAUUUGAAAAUGCCGAUGAUGUUUGA